UUGGUGGUGACACGAAUGUCCCCAGAGCAAGGAGGAGGUGAUGGCGGUGCGGCUGCGGGAGGCCGACAGCAUGGCAGCACUGGCGGAGAUGCGACAGCGUGUGGCUGAGCUGGAGAUCCAGAGGGAGGAGGGCAUGAUCCAGGGGCAGCUCAACCACUCGGACGCCGCUCAGUACAUCCGCCAGCUCAAGGACCACAUCGACGAGCUCAAGGCUGAGGUAAGGCACCCAUGGGUGCUGUGGCACCCGAAGGGCUGCGCCCACAGGGGCUGUGGUCCCUAUAGCCUGUGCCCGUAGGUGCUGGGGUGCCUCUGUCCUGCACCCGUGGGUGCCGGGGUGUCUGAAUCGUGUGCCUACAGGGGCUGAGUUGACUCUAUCCUGCACCCAUGGGUGCUGUGACCCCUAUAUCCUGUGCCUGUAGGUGCUGGGGUGGCUCUAUCCUGCACCCACAGGUGCUCCAGUAUCUCUAUCCUGCACCCAUGGGUGCUGUGAGACCUGUAUCCUGUGCCUGUAGGUGCUGGGGUGCCUCUGUCCUGCACCCGUGGGUGCUGGGGUGCCUGAAUCGUGUGCCUACAGGGGCUGAGUUGACUCUAUCCUGCACCCAUGUGUGCUGGAGUGGCUCUACCCUGCACCCAUG